ACUACAAACAGAUUGUCUAGUACCGAAAAUCUUCCCUCUUGCUGACAAAGUCUGCAUAUUCAUAUGCAGAUAUCUGUUUAUAGAGACUAAUGAUGGACUUCAACAACUCCUAUGUUCCGAUCUCUGAAGAGCAACUCAUCUACAUCAUCACCAUUCCCCUGUCGGCCACCAUCAUCCUGGCCAACCUCGUCAUCAUCUUGGGCAUCUCCUGGAACCGCCAACUCCACAACACGCCCAACUACUUCUUCCUCAGCCUGCUUGUAGCCGAUAUGUGUACGGGCGUGGCGCUGCCUUUCAUACCGUUGAUGGGUCUGAACAGGCAUUUAAGUUUUAGUGCCUGUCUGGUGGCUCACGUGUUCCCAAAUUUCCUCUUCUUGGCAUUCCUCUUCAACCUGGUAAUGGUCCACUAUGAACGCUACAUAUGCAUUGUUGACCCGCUGCAUUACAGUAACCUAUGGAUGCAUCGCAGUUUUCCUUUAACAUUACUUGUGGUGUGGACUCCGGCACUUCUGUAUGCAUCUCUACCUGCCUUUGGGUGGAAUAACUGGACAGGGCCAGAUUUUAACAGCUGCUGUGAAACUAUUCAAAAUUUAACAGCUUUUUCAAACUGUUCAACUAAUGCAACCAGCUGCUGCUCAUACAGGAGGGUAUUUCCCAAUGCUUUUCUCUUCCUGGAGGUGUAUGGACUCGUUUUACCUGCUAUUCUUGCCAUCGCUGCCAUGACUGGCCACGUUUUGUGGAUCACCCGAGGCCAGCUGAAGGAUAUUUGCCGCCUCCAUCGUUCGGUGGAGCGAGGAAAUCAGGCCUCAGACCAGGAGCAGAAGCUGAACCUGCGGUACACUCGCUGCGUGGUAGCGGUGUCACUGACUUUUCUCGCCUGCUGGGUUCCCUAUCUCAUUUACACACAUGUCUGCAUAGCACUGUUGAUCAGCGACUCCAAGUGGAGUUCCACCACUCACAUUGUGCUCUCUUGCAUCGGUAUCGGAAGCAUGGCUGUGGUGCCGAUGGUGCUCGGCUUGGCCAACAGGCAGUACACAGAACCUGCUUUCAAACUUCUCCAGAAACUCAGAGACAGGUGGAGGCCAAGGACACAGGCGUCAGAAGUCUGA